UACUUUCAGAUGCUGAAAAAAGCCACCAUCAGGAAAGAACAAGAACCAGACUUUGAGGAAAAAAGGUUCAAUGUUACAAUUGGUGACGAUGAUUUUGACAAGGAAAAUGAUUUUUAUCGGGACUGGAAUUACCGUGUUGCAAGAGACAUCCGAGAGCCAGGCGACUUGGAGUACAGAGAGGCAAUCAGUUACGGGCCUGACCCCUAUAUAACUCCCUAUUAUGAGCAUGAAGUUGAACGGUACUGGCGUGGUGGACAAUACGAGAACUUCAGAGUCCAGUGGACAGAAGCGGACUAUCAUUACAGGGAAAGGGAGAGGGAAAGAGAACGUGAAAGAGAACGAGAAAGAGAACGCGACAGACACAGAGAACAGCGUGAGAGAGAAAGAGAAAGAGAAAGAGAACGAGGAAACAGAAUACGAGAGAGAGAACGGGACAGAGAGCGUGAACGUGACAAAGAACGACAGCGGAGAAAAGAAGAGUGGGAAAGAGAGCGUGCAAAACGAGAAGAAAAAGACCGAGCUCAAAAAGACAGAGAACGAGAGAAGGAGAAACCAAAACAAAGAUCUCCACCUCCAGCAAGCCGGCAAGUAGAACCACCCAAGAAAGAAGCUGCUCCAACAACUACUGUAAAAAGAGCAGAUGAGUGGAAAGACCCCUGGCGCCGAUCCAAAUCUCCCAAAAAGAGACCAGUUUCAACAGCAUCACCAGGCCGUGGACGCAAGCGACGAAGAACAUCUGGGUCCUCUGUUUCAGUCUCUGGCUCAUCAAGGUCAUCUUCUCGUUCUUCUUCCUAUUCAGGAUCUGGAUCAUCCAGGUCACGUUCAAGGUCGCACUCAAGAUCAUCCUCUUACACCUCCUAUUCCAGCCAUUCCUCCAGACACAGCUCUUAUUCUGGAAGCAGAUCAAGGUCCAGGUCAUUCUCAUCCUCACCCUCCCCAACUCCAUCACCAUCCCGGGCAAAAGAUGCUGCCGUUACAAAGACCAAAGGGGGAGCACCUAGUGUUGGUGGAGGUGGAGACGCCCCUGCUGCCACAGGAAAAAGUGAAAAAAUGGUGAAGAAACUUACAUCGCCACAGCCGACGGGACACACCACAGGGGCAAAGGUUCCAAAGACCACCACAGAGGGCACAAAACCUGCUGAGAACAGAGAUGGAAGGAAGAAAGAGCGUCAGCCCCGGACACCACCUCGGAGGCGGACCGCAAGUGGCAGUGGAAGUGACAGUGGCAGCAGCUACAGUGGAUCAAGCUCUCGUUCGCGGUCACAUUCUCGUUCCGCAUCUCGGUCAACAUCAGCAUCUGGUUCUCAAUCUGCAUCCGGGUCCCACAGGUCAAGGUCCCUCAGUGUGAGCAGUGUAUCAUCUGUGUCAAGUGCAUCAUCAAGCAGCAGCUCUGUAAGAAGUGCCGACUCUGAGAAUAUGUAUGCAGACUUAGCUAGUCCAGUGUCAUCUGCCAGCUCCCGAUCACAAGCUCCUGCACAGAAGCAGAAGGAAAAAUUGAAACCCAAAAGAGAGGAGGCACCAAGAGACAAGGAGCGAGAGGAGAGGCGGAAACGUGAGAUUCCACCACAGCCACAGAAAUCUAGCUCCACACCAAAACCCACUCAGAUCAGCAAACCCCCACAGCUUGUCUACAGUGCACAUAAGGACAUUAAAUUAACACUGCUAAACAAGCCAGCUGAUAAGGGCACCAGAAAACGGUAUGAACCUUCUGAUAAGGAAAGACCGUCCUCUCCACCAUCCAAACGGGUUACAGUUUCUCCAGAAAGAGGGCAUCGUGAGCGGAAGGCGUUUGGAAGGCCACCGUCACCAAAAGGUGAUCGUCAGAGUAGUCGAACUCCAGCAAUGGUUAGGUCAUCUCCUGCCCAAGCAGAGCGAAAACGGCCACCAUCACCACAAUCAAAGGUCUCAAGCAAAGUGACCAGUGUGUCUUCAAGUUCCAGCAAGUCUCAUGACACAACAGCCUCUGCUACUGCUACAUCCUCUGCAAAGUCAAGCAAAUCCAGCACGUUAUCACGCAGGGAGGAGCUGCUGAAACAACUGAAAGCUGUAGAGGAUGCCAUUGCCCGCAAACGAGCAAAGAUUCCUGGCAAGGUCCAGUAGCUGUGAACCAAUCAACGUGGGACCGCAGUCUAUUGAUUAGAGACAGCUGUCAGUAUUUUCAAUGAUUAAAUCUGUGAUUUUUUCAGGAAGUAGCCAUGUUGAGGGACUACUUGGGUACCUCACUGCCAUCCUCUCAACCUCCUGACAACCCAGUGGGUGACAGCUGCAAUUUAACUCCAGAUCUGUCAUCAAUUUUUUUAAAAAGUGGAGAGAUCGCUGCAGACUGUGAACUCUAUUACGUAUUUAACACAAACUGACGCUGCAGUGGCAAUCGGUUCAAACCAACAGUCAAUGACUGGACAUGAACACGUGAAAUCUGACCCUAGAGAAAGCCACACCUUUUACACUGCUUUAGAAGUUCUUAGUGUGUGUGUGUUGUCUGAAGGAAUUCCCCAAAUAUACAUAAUGUGUUACCAGAGAGCAGGUGAAUGUGCUGUCAAACGCUGCUUUCUUGUUCUCCCUCCAUUUUUUGGGCAAACUUGUUCUUCUGGCUUCCCAAAUAAAUAUUCUUUCUUUUAUUUUACACUUUUCAGAUUUUUAAUCUCGUGUACACACCUAAUGGUUGUGUUGGAUGUGUAGGUUAAAGACUGAAAACUCUGAAAUGAUCAUUCUGUUAACACAUAGCUGGGUUAUUGCAGUAAAACUGGUUUUUUUAUAUGCUGAUAACAUCUGCAGAAGCUGGGAGGACAGUAAUUGCAUUGAAUGGGCAGAUAAAUGUUCAGGAUUGACUUUUUUUACAUGACUUUAAUAAAGGAUUUACUAGUUGUAAAGAUUCAGAACUGUUUUGAUCAGUAACCUAGCCUUAAGUUAAUGAAAGUAAGUCUGCGUCAAUAUUUGCACUUGAGGAGAUGCUCUUCACAGGUCGGUCAGCUUCCUCACUGUUCUUGGGCUUCACAUGUCACAUAUAGAAGAUGCGAGAUGAAAAGUUGCCUCAAGCUUCAGCAUCAAACUGUGCUGACCCUCAGCUUGUACCUGUCUAAGUUACAACCCUCAGGCAUGAUUCACGUGAACCUUCUGAGACUGAAUCACAGAAUUGUUACAGCACAGGAAGAGGCCAUCGGCUCAUUGUGUCUGUGCUGGCUCUCAGAACAUCUUACGUAGUGCCAUCCUCUUUCCUUCUCCCCAUAAUUCUGCACAUUCUUCUCAUUCAGAGACCCAUCAAUUCCUUUUUGAAAAUCUUGAAUGAAUCUGCCUCCUGCACACUCUCAGGCAGCACAUUUCGGACCCUUAUUGUGUGAAAAAGUUCUCUCACAUCACUUUUUCUUCUUCUAUAAAUUACUUUAAAUCUGCACCCUCUUGUCGAUCCUUUCACUUUUAGACUUUUUUUUACAAACUGUCUCUGCUUGCCCUCUCCUCAGCUCCUGCCUCUUCCCUGCAACUUCCAUGGGAUCAACUCAAAUACAGAUGCAGUAAAACCCUUCAGGCUGUUCAUAUGCAGGAACUGUCACCUUUUGUCUGCCUUAUAGCUGAAACUGAGGCUUCCUGCCUUGUAAAGUUGCCUGAUCCUUAACCUGAGGGAUAUCAUACACACAUUUCACAUUUCUCAUGUGUAUGUUUACAAUCCUCACUUCCUGUCAGUGUUUGUUUAUGAUGAUGAUAAAUGACUUCAGGUGGAGCUUGACCUAUAAUUAAAUAUAAUUAGUAGAUUGAGUAAACAUACCAUAGAGUGAGGCAUUUUCUUGGUUUUCAAACUACACGUCACCCAUUUUGUUUUCCCAACUGGGAAAAUGUAAAUUGCUAGCAAUAUUCUUAAGUCUGAGUGUAAUGCUGCAGAAAAUAAUGUACGUUCGCAGAAUUCUUGGAGUAGCCUGCGUGCGCUGGUCCUUGGUAACUUUGGAGCCAGAUGGCUCUUGGUCACCAAAAGAGCAAGGAAAAAUAAUUUGAAGCCAAUUUUAAAGGACUUUUUGAACCAAAUCAGUUGGGAAUGUGGCAGAUAAUCAAGCUGCCCAGUAGACUUUUAUUUAAGGAGUAACAGCAAGCAUUGUCUUUCAGCUCAGUUGAACUUUCAGGUAAAUCCACUUGCAGUCAGAGAAACUGCUUUGUUUCUUUUUAUCCACAUAAAAACAAAAUUGUCAGAAUCCAGUUUGGAACCAAGCACUGAUGGGCUAAGACACAUUCCCACUCGAUUUGACAAACCAGCAUGACAGAAACCGAUCCUAGUAACUUGACAAGUUAAUCUCUCAGGGCCAUGCUUCAUUGAGCAGCUUGGAGCAGUGUCUAAUCUAAUGUCCAUAGGUCAGGGUGAUCCUGAGUGGCUGCUGUAUUGAAGUCACAGGAAUGGAAUUCCUGUUGCAGAGCUAAAGUGUCAGGGGCAAAGUCUGAGACACUGUAGCUGCUAUCCUUGUCCUGUUAAAUUGUGCACAUUUACAAUAUAUUUCUGCAUUUGUUUCUUAUUUGUAUGUAUGUAAUAGGUCUUCAAAUCUCAUCAAAUGUUGAAGCUUGGAUCAUUGUCUCUCUUGGGGGCUCUGAGUGAGUCUAGGAUACAUUAAAUGCAAUGUAUGUACUCUGGGAUUUCAUUGGUGCAGGAGUUUCUCUUGCCGAUAAUGCCAUCAUUAACUCAAAUCAGGAAAAUAUUUGAAUACACUUUCCAAAACCUCUGCCUGGCGGCUGUGCAGCAUAUGGUCAAAUGGAUAAAGGUGGAGCUGUUUUCAAGGUUGCCCCAGUGUUGUGUCACCAGCUGACAGAAUCCAUAGCAACUGGGCAAUGUUUGCUGCGAUGUUUUGUUUUUGAACUGGAAUGUUGCCUUUUGCCCGGCAAGUUUUUAUAAAAGUUCUUGUCAGUCAACCAAAUGGAUCUGAAGCGAUGGUGGUGGUAACAGAGAGGUGGGAACUGCAGACUGCAUCAGUGUGUGCCCUGCAGUGCUAAAACUAAGACACAUCAAUAGAAGAGCAAAUGAACUGUUCCAGUAUUAGCUCCAGCAAACUGCUACAGUGGGUUUGCUGAUUGUCUACAAUGGUUUGCAAUUAUUUUCCCCUCUGUUCCUCCAGGCAUUUUCUAUUGCUGAGAUUCCAGGGGCAUCAGGUGACCUUGGAUAUCUUUGUCCGGAAGUUAAUUAAGACAGUGGUGCUUGGAGACUAUUUAAUUCUAGCAACAUUUCAGCUGAACCUAUCCUCACUGAACAAGGCUUCUUGAGCUCAGUGGAUCAGAGGCUGAAAUUAAAUAUUCAGAACACACCAGCAUUAAACUGCACCUUGAUCCAUAGAGAGCAGCUGCCAAUGCAUUUUGCACUAUAGAGCCAUAUGGAAUGUAUCUCUGGUUUUAUGUCUUUUAUCCCUGAUUAACCAAGCUGGAUAGAAGCAAUAUUCUACUACGCAUUGAGUGUCAUAUGGUAACGUGUGUAGACUCUUCCUCUCUCUCUCGCUCUCUCCCCAAUCUUUCAUUUAUUAAGUAUAUUUACAAGUCUGGGUUUUUUUCAUAAUCAUUAUCAGAAACCAAACAGAAAUCAGGACUGUGCUUUUGAUUAAGGAUGUCCUGCAAAGGAAGACCCAGGAUCAGUUUGGGAAUUCUUUGCCUGUAAUUCAGCACAAGGAUUUAAUAGAACUAAAUAGUACAUCUGUUAUCUACAUGUUGUAUGUGACCAAUGUGGGAGGUCUGUACUGUGGCUAUAUUUAGGGUUGCAUUGAAAGUUGUCUAAUGUGCGACCAAUGGUUUAUAGAGAUAGGGGGUCCAGCAAACAUAACCUACAUGCUCACAUUGUACUUUAUUUGAGUGAGGCUCCCUCGGCUUAAUGGGCCGAAUCAACUAAAGUGUAACUAGGUCAAUGACAAAUGCUCGCUCACAAUGAGAAUGUAAAUUGAUUUAUUAGAAAUGAAAGCUAAUAGAAUGUUUCUGGAAUGUCUGUUGAUACUGAACUGAUGCGGCUUCACAGGUUUGCUUCAUUUAUACUCCUGGUAUGUUCCCUUCAUACACUGGGCACCAUCUUUAGUUUACUGAUAUUUUCUGUAUUGCUGUUUGUGGGCAGUAACUCACUUCCUUAACCAACUGAAUCAUGAGGCAAACUGCAGUGCGAUGCUCUAACUGUGAAGUUCUUAGAGCUCUAAACACUAUGCAGCACCAAGGUAUUUGUAAAUAAUUGCUCCCUAACAAGUGGUACACGGGUCAUCACAUGAUACAAGAGUGCUGAAAUCCCAUGACUCCCAGCCCUAUCAGUUGCUUCCAACUCCUGUUUCCUCCUUCCUUUUGUGGAUCCAUAAGGAGCUGGCCCCUGCCUGACUGUUAACAAUAUGAUAAUAUUCAAUCACAGCCAAGACUAAUUGCCUUCCUCACCCAAACUCCACUUGUGGGCUCUCAGUGGGAUAGUUAUUGGAUAGUUGUAGGAUGGGGAUCUCAAUGGCAACCUCUCUCUCUCCCCCACUCUCUUUCUCUUUCCCCCUCCCCCAGUCUCUGACUCUCUCCCAUUAUCUCUCGAUUCCAUCCCCCCCACCACUAUUUCUAACUCACUCUCCUCUCUGUGUCUGUCCCCGUCCCUCUUGAGCCAUAAAUGUUUUACCAGUUUUUGUGUGUCUCUUCUCCUCCUGGGAUCGGCAAACCUUCCCAGUGAGUGAAUCUGGGUCUUUACUAAAUUGGCUUUUAAAGACAUUGUUUAAAUUAUGUGAUUUCAUGAUUAAUCUAGGUAUGCACACUUCUGUUGUGGUCUAUGUAGUUCUGGGUGACUGUUUGAAGAGGAAGGCCCAGUUAAUUCUCAGGCUGAUGCAGUUAAAUACAGUGAAACAUUCAUUCAGAACCUUAAAUUGGUUGAAGUCUUUGUGUACAGUCGGAGUGUUUUGUAGUGUCUGUGCAUGUAGUGUCCGUACUUGUCAACCUGCAAUAUUAGGUAAUGUCCCUGGGGACAGUCUGCAAAUUUCUUUGGUGUCUGUACAUUCUGCUUGUACAUACAGUCUCUAGUGUUCAUCAGUCCUUGCAGACUUUCAGCAUUCCUGGGCAACCCGCAGAGUUGACUAUCCAUUUUAGUCAAGAUUGGAGAAGGCAAUACUAGAUGUUGCAGAGGUCAGAUUGUAUGCUGGAAAUACAACAAAUCUGUGAGAUAAAGCAGCUCCAUUCCAGGUUUUAACCUCAGUUUGUCUCGUUAUUGGAGUUAAUGGACUGUUUAAAGCAAUUGGUGUUUUUCUAAAUUUGGGGCAAUGGAGAUUUAUCAGUGGACUGAUGAUGGUGAGAUUUGUUGUGGCAGGAGUUAACAGGCUGAAUGUUACUCUGAAAUUGGCCAAGUAGAGGUAACUUGCUGAAACUUCAGGCCCCAGUGGGGCGAUGCUGGGCUGGUCAAGGCAUUGUAGCUGAGAACAAAGACCAGCUGUUUUCUUCUUGUGUGGUGAAGCAAAGAGUUGCAUAUAUUACACUAUAAAGAAUUUCUUGGAGUUUAAAAACUCUGACUAUUUCAGUUAUUGUAGUAAAAGUUUAAAAAAAGCUCCAAUUGCUUAACACAAAAGCAAAAUACUGUGAACAGUAGAAAUCUGAAAUAAAAACAAAAUACUGGAAGUACAGUUUUGAUAAAAGUCUUUUUUUCUUUCUCAACCCAAUUGCCAUUCUCUUGUUUUUGCUUUUUUAAAAAAAUCUAUUUAUUACUUACAUCCUCCACAAACCUUCCAAACCCUCUUGGCUGCCUUUCUUAAUUCUACUCAGUUGUGGGAGUGAAUAAGAAUGGCCGGUAGGGAUUGGUGCUCAAGUUUCGUACGCCCCCCAAUCUCCUCAGUGUUUGAAAAUCUGUGUGUGCUGUGCAGAGAUCCUUGGGUUACUUCGUAUCUUUUAUUGCAGGGUCGGAGAAUGACAGCAGUUUCAUGAUAGAUUAAACUGUGAUAGAGAUUACAUUGGCACUGAGUCCAGGUGGAUUGCCCCUUUGUGAGGUCUCCAAGGAUAUCCAAGGUGAAGCAUAAAGUGCUAAUUUCAGGAGAAGUUUCCUAGUUACUCAGGAUAGUCUUCCCUACAUACAAACACUGUCAGAGCUUUACCCAGAGCCUGCUGAACCUUGUCUGAGCCCCUCCCCAAUCUCUGCAUGAAGUAAAUGUUCAGUUUGGGUUGAAUCCCAGAAGAGUGAGCAGCAACACGAAGACUGAUUUUACUGGGAGUUAGUGGAAUUCCAAAUGUAAAUGCUGUGUUGGUUGGAGGAAUCUGCAGGUUUUGCCAAUUAAACCUGUUUGUACAGAGCCACAUGGAAGGCAGCCAUGAUUAAUGUUUCUCUGCUAGUUGCGCUGAUGCUCAUUGUUUCUUUCUAUGAAGAGUUUUGUAUUAAUGGUAGUGAUUGUGUAAAAUCUAAACUUUUUGUAUUUUCUGCUCCCUGUAAUGGAUGUUCCAAACCCCAGUCCCACAAAAUAAACUCUGUAUCUCUUGUCUAA